ACAAAAUCUCUUGACUUUUGAGCACGAUCGGAUAGCCCAGUGGUUAAGGGUUUAUCCUCUGUCGUCCCAGGUCAUGGGUUCGACUCUGGCUCACCCCGAGAAUAUCUUCGAACAGAUACUCACUUUGUAAGGCUAUAAGCCAUAUUAGUCAAAAAAAAAUAAAAAAUCUCUUGACUUUUCAUUGAAAAAAACAUAAAACACAGUCCUAUAAAUCCACACUUACUUUUGUUGACACUGUACCAACAUUAAACAGUAUCCAAAAUAUAUCAGGACCCACCUCAAGAAAUUGCUUUUCUACUUGUUUCUUCUCUCUUCAUUCCCAUUUCAUUCCUUGCUUUCUCUCUCUGUCUCACUCAUCUCCCCUUCUUGAGUUCUUUGAAUUGCCAAGUUUUCAGACACAUUCUUUUCUUUGCUUUGCUUUAUAUACAUAAAAUAUAAGAAAGAACAUAUACAUGCAAUUGGAGUUCUUGGUUCUUCGAGACUGUCUUGCUGCAACUGUAAGUUUCUCCAAAAAUUUCCCUUUUUUGUUGCUGAUUGAGUUUGGAUUUCUUAAGCUGGUUAGAGAAGUCGGGUACAAGUCUUAAAUGAGUUCGGUUGCUUCACUCACAAGCAAGACUAGCCAUGUCUUGGCAUCCAGUGACUGUUUAGUCGAUGGAUACUCAAAAAGCAGGGGUUCUCAAGAAGGCAGUUCAGCCAGUGUUCAAGAUAAGUACAAUCAUUUCCCAGUGGACAGUCUUCGUGACAUGAGCUUACCAUCUCAUGGAAAUGGACUCCUCCUGUCAAAUAUAACUGAGAAGAACAGCCAUGGUGCAAGAACUAGUUUUAUUGAUGGGGGCACUCGUAAUGAUGCUGAAUAUAUACAGAAGGGUAAUAACUCAGAGAGUUACAAAGAGAGAGAAAACACUCAUUCCAAUAAAAUUGAAAUGGAUCCCCUAUUUUGGUUACCGCCAGAAACAGAAGACCAUGAAAACGACAUGGAUUGUAGUGUAGCAAAUUAUGACGAUGAUGACGACGAAGGUGAUGAUGGUACAAAAUGGGGAAGACCUAGUUCUUUAAGUGGCUUUGGAGAGAAAAGUUGCGGGAGCUACAGAUAUGAAGAGGAGAAGCAAAAGGCAAUGGAGAAUGUGAAAAAUUGCAAGUUUAAAGCCCUUGUGUAUCGUCUUCUUACAUCAGCUGGAGUUGCUUGCUUGGGUAAAGAUGGAGACAAUUGGGCGGAUAUAGUGACUUCCUUAUCAUGGGAAGCUGCUUCCUUUGUGAAGCCUGAUAUCGGUGAGGGCAAGGCAAUGGAUCCUGAUGGAUAUGUCAAGGUUAAAUGUGUUGCAACUGGUUCUCGAAGCGAAAGUCAGUUAGUUAAAGGCAUGGUAUUUAAAAAGCAUGCUGCACACAAGCACAUGCCAACAAAUUACAAGAAGCCUAGGCUGUUGUUGAUCCAGGGUGCUCUUGAUCGUUCAUUGAGGGGAUUGUCAUCCUUUGAAUCAAUGAAACAGGAGAAGGAUACUCUUAAAUCCAUUAUUGAAGAUAUAGCAAAGUGCAAUCCAAAUGUGAUUUUGGUCGAGAAGACAGUUUCUCGUGAUAUACAAGAAUCUAUUCUUGCAAAAGGAAUGACAGUAGUUAUUGAUAUGAAACUCCACCGCCUGCAGAGAGUUGCUCGCUGUACCGGUUCAUUAAUUUUAUCAUCAGAUACAUUGUCUGGGAAAAAGCUUAGACAAUGUAAUUCCUUUCAUUUCGAGAAGUUAGUAGAGGAACACGCUGUUUCUAGUGAAAGCGGGAAAAAACCCAGCAAAACAUUGAUGUUCCUUGAUGGUUGUCCUACACGUCGGGGUUGCACAAUUUUAUUGAAAGGAACAAAUAGCGAAAAACUGAAGAAGAUUAAACUUGUGGUCCAGCAUGCGGUCCUUAUGGCUUAUCAUUUAAUUCUUGAGACGGCUUUCCUUCUAGAUCAAAAUGCCAUGUUCUCUACCCCCCGUCUCAAUGGACUGGUGAACAUGUCAUCAACUGAUGUACAACCAUGUUUCUUCCCCAGUGAGGCAAAUGCUCCUUGGUCUGAGGAUACUAGUGCUGAAAGUCAUUUAUUAGGUGCAACUGACAUUCACAUUGCUAGUGGAUUCCAUAAAGAAGGGUUGAGCAAUGUAGGAUUAGAAAGUGAUACUUUGUUGCCUUAUGAACCAGAUAACCCUCUGGCUUUUUCCAGGUUUUCAUUUAUCUCACCCUCCCUGAAGAGUUCUUGUGACAGUGUUUCUGUAUUACCUUUUUCUCAGCAAUCUAUUUCGACAUAUUUUGGCAUCCAUGAAGAGGUUCCUUGCUGUCAAGUUCAAUCUUCUAAUGAUAUUUUGACCAAUUUAAAGGCAAAUGUUGAUUCUGAUAGCCUGACAAAGGAUAAUAUUUGUGAAGAGAAGGCUCUUGAAAAUGUUGGAACUUCAAUUCACAGAGAAGCCCAACUGGCUACACAAAAUACCGGGGGUGACUAUAAAGAUCGAGUGCAGUUUAAGGAUGACAGUAACCCAGUGUUGAAUACUGGAAGUAUUUUGGUACUGAUGUCUCGCAGGAAUUCCUCCACCGGAAGUGUCUGUGAGAAGAGUCACUUUUCUCAUAUCAAGUUCUACCGGAAUUUUGAUGUUCCUCUUGGAAUAUAUUUGCAGAAUAAUUUACUCAAUCAGAGGCUGUUAUGUAACUUGUGCAGUGGAUUGCCAGAAGCUCAUAUAUAUUACUAUGCACAUCACAAUAAGCAGCUCACAAUCCAAGUUAGACGUUUUCCUAUGCAAAAGCAUCUUCCGGGUGAAGCUGAUGGGAAGAUUUGGAUGUGGAGUCGCUGUGGUGAUUGUAAGCCUCAAAUUGGAAAAACACAAUCUACCAGAAGGGUCUUAAUGUCAGCUGCUGCCUGUGGUUUGUCUUUCGGAAAGUUUUUGGAGCUCAGCUUAACGAACCACUUGUUGCCUAGCAGAUUUUCCAUCUGUGGGCAUCAGUUGCAUAAUAACUUCCUCUACUUCUUUGGAUUGGGGCCCAUGAUUGCAAUGCUCAGAUAUUCACCAGUUACAAAAUAUUCUGUAUCACUACCUCCUGAGAAGCUAAACUUUUCCUGUCAAAUAAGUGGAGAGCGUCUUGGAAAAUACAUUGAAAGUAUACCAAACUUGUACAAGGAAGGAAUUGAAAUAUUUCUUGAAGCUGAGAUACUCUUGAAGGACAUUAGUAUGUCUUUUAACGGAUCAAAAAUCAAAAUUCAAGGAUCACUGAGAGAAUUCUCUGAUAUCGCGGAGAUGUUGAAGCAGGAACGAUGUCAAUUUAAGGAUGACCUUGAGGGUACUAUAAAGAACUGGGACUUGGACGAUACAGUUUACAAAGUUGUCAGUCUGAACCGUGUAAAGUGGGAUAUUUUGGUUGCAUCAUGCGUGUGGGAUCGACGUCUUCAUUCACUGUGCUCAUCUGAGAUUACCACUGAUGCUAUGAUCUCUGACGAACAGAGGCAUGGACAGAGUAAUGUGGAGGAAGAUGAUUUCAAAGCAAAUGGUUCUAUUGAAGUACCAAUUGAAGGAGAUAUUCAAGGACCUGCAGAGCAAAAUAACUUUUUGACUGCAUCUUCAAGCAAAGAUGAUAUACAGAAGCUUCAUACGGGGAUGCAGAACGUUGAUAGUUUAUACAAGCACAUCUUAGCCAGUUCUGAUAUUUCCAAUGAUUCCUAUCCAGUUAGAGAUGCUAUAGGGGAUGUUACUGAUUCAAAUCUAUCUCAAAGAAAGGGCACCGUUUUGACGGUAUCUAGUGAGUGGAUAUGGUCGCCAUUACCAGAGAUUAGGUAUGAGUACAUGAAGGACCUCCAAAAAGGUUACUCACUGAAUUUUAAGCCUAUUAAUUCCUAUGCCCAAGGAUCAAGGAUUCAUGAUGUGAUAAAUGAUGAAGGCUCAAGGCUUCAUAUUCCACUCGGGGCUGACAAUUAUAUUGUUUCUGAUCACGAGGAUGAAUUAUCAAGUGUAGUAGCUUCUGCUCUUGCCUUGUUGAGGGAUCCACCUGUCUUGGUUGAUCCUAAUGAUGAUUUAACCGGAGACAGAGGAGUGGAUGCUAAAUCAUACGAGAGAUCACGUAGUGUUUCUCGACCCUCUUCUGUACCUCCUAUCAAUUGGCCAUCUUUUGGUUCCCUUAGUUCAGAUGGUCUGUACUCUGGCGGUGCUUCAGAUGACUCAUGCUUGUUGAAUGGGCUAUAUCUAUCAGACUCCUUGAUCUACUUUAAUGAUAUGCACCCGGAGGUAUCUAUGGGAUUGAGCAAGUUACCUGAGAAGGUUAAAUAUUCUGUAGUAUCUCUGCAUGCGAGCAAAUUUCGAGAUCUGCGUCGGCGGUGUUGUUCAUCCGAAGUAGAUUAUAUUGCCUCCUUAAGCCGUUGUCGAAACUGGGAUGCCAAAGGUGGAAAAAGUAAGUCAUUUUUUGCAAAAACUUUAGAUGACCGUUUUAUUGUCAAGGAGAUCCAGAGGAUAGAAUAUGAGUCAUUCCUCAAGUUUGCCGAGGAGUACUUUACGUACAUGAAUGACUGCUUUGAGCAGGGUAACCAGACUUGCCUGGCAAAGAUUUUGGGGAUUCAUCAGGUCACUGUGUGGCAAAAGAGUGGCAAAGUGAGAAAACACGAUCUCAUGGUAAUGGAGAACCUCACCUUCGGGAGAUCAAUCAGCAGACAGUACGAUCUUAAAGGGGCAUUACAUGCAAGAUUGAAUUCAGCCCCCGAUGGCUCUGGAGAGGUCCUUCUGGACCAGAAUUUUGUCGAUGACAUGAAUAGGUCACCUUUCUAUGUUAGCAGACAAGCAAAAAGAAAUCUACAACGAGCUGUGUGGAACGACACUACAUUCCUCAAUUCGAUCAAUGUUAUGGACUAUUCUUUGCUUGUUGGAGUGGACUCUCAGAAAGGGGAACUUGUUUGUGGCAUUAUCGAUUAUUUGAGGCAGUACACGUGGGACAAACAUUUUGAAACUUGGGUAAAAUCAUCACUCGUUGUCCCGAAAAACCUGUUACCAACGGUCAUCUCCCCAAAAGAAUACAAGAAGAGGUUCAGGAAGUUCAUUUCUACCCAUUUUGUGAGUGUUCCGGAUAAUUGGUGCUGACCUGAAAAGUAUAAAUCUUUUUGUAGCAAGUCUUAAGGGAGGAAGGAUAAGAAUCACUCUGAUGCUAACUCUCCAGAGCAGGUGAAACAGGAUGGUAUUGUCAGUUGAGUUUGUUGUAUAUGCAAGUAGUUAAUUUUGGAAGUUACUGUCCAUAGUUCUUUACUAUGUGCUUGCAUAUUUUUGCAAGCGAGCAGUUUUUUUGUAAAUUCCAGCAAGUCAUUUAUAGGAAUCAAAUAGUUUGCGAACUCGUACAUGCUACAGUUUCUUGCAGUUUAUGAAAGGGAAGUUGCAGUAUAGAUGUUCCUUCGGUUUCAAAUUGUAUUCUCCAGUCCCAAAUUACAAGUUUAUUUUAAUCUUUUUAA